AUGAGUACCUGUGGUAGCUCCUCAAUUCGCGUUUUAUCCGGGGCCCCAGAUUUGAUUCAACGUAAUCAGCCCGGGGCCUCGCUUCCUCGAGCACCAAUAAUCGAGCGCCGCCAUUAUACAUACUGCAGGGCGAGUCUCCACAAGUCAUACCCUCUUUCAGCGGCCAUUAGCAGCCCGUUCGCUCCUCCGAGCAUUCAGCGAGUCGGGAGAGAGAGUAUGGGGAAGAGUGAGAUAAUCGCAAGGGCCGAGGAGUUGGUUAAAUCCGCCAUGGGAGGCAACGACGCAUCCCACGACGCGGCCCACGCCUUCAGAGUCAGAGACCUAGCCCUUUCUCUAGCCCGUGAAGAGGGGUUUUCGUCUUCUCCUGAUUCGAUUCUCAUUCUAUUUCCUGUUUUUAAUAUUAUAAAAUCUAGAGAUCCGUCUGAAGGGAAGAUUGUUGAGGACUUUCUUGUAAAAGAAAGAGUAGAUGAAAGUAUCAAGUCACGGAUAUUAGGCAUCAUAAAAGGAAUGGGUUUCAAAGAGGAGGUUGCAGGACUUGCAGGGGGUACUCAAUACCCAGAAUUUGGGGUGGUGCAAGAUGCUGAUCGUCUUGAUGCGAUUGGUGCCAUAGGAAUUGCUCGUUGCUUCACAUUUGGUGGAAGCAGGAACAGUGUGCUGUAUGAUCCCAACAUAAAACCCCGAUCGGAUUUGUCCAAGGAGAAGUACAUGAAUAAAGACAAGCAGACCACAGUCAACCACUUUCAUGAGAAGCUUCUCAAGUUGAAAGAGUUGAUGAAAACAAAGGCUGGUCAGAGGAGGGCGGAAAGAAGGCACAAAUUCAUGGAGGAGUUUUUGGAAGAGUUUUAUCAAGAAUGGGAUGGAAGGGCCUGA